AAGACGAGAUUAAACGGAAAUUGGAUAUGCAUUUCCGAAAUCACAAGGCACGUUAUCUGCCAUUAUACUGUCAUUUGUGUACACAAGAUAAGAGAAACUAAAAACAAUAAUAAUAUAGCGUCUUCCAUAUUUUUAAAUACUUACGUAUAUUAUGAAUUUAAAGAGAAAAUACGUUAAAUUUAUGCAUUUAAUAUUCGGUAAUGCAUAUUAACAUAUAAGUAUUAAAGAAAUAAUAUGUUUAUUUGUUUGAUUUAAACUAUUACAUAAAAUAAGGAUGGUUAGAGCAAUUAUCAAACCAAAACAUAUAAAAAAGAAACAACUAGUUUCCGAGCAAAAUCACAAAUUAACUGAAUAUUUUAAUAUAAGAAAAUCAGAUAGGAGGACUAAACGAGAGGUUUUGGAAGAAAAAAGACGACUUAUAGAAUUUGCUUUACGUAAAGGUGUUGAGGAUGGACUAGAGGUCAAAUAUAGCGAAAAUAAAGGUAGGGGUGUAUUUGCGACUAGAGAGUUUGUUAAGGGAGAGUUUGUAGUAGAAUAUAGUGGAGAAUUGAUUGAUAUACACGAAGCCUACAUACGUGAACAAAGAUAUGAAAAAGAUGAAAACAUGGGAUGUUAUAUGUAUUAUUUCAAAUUUAAAGAACAGCAUUAUUGUAUUGAUGCAACAGAAGAAACCGGUAGAUUAGGUAGGUUAGUGAAUCAUUCUAGAAACGGUAACUUACAAACUAAAACAAUUUUGGUCGACAGUAUACCGAGGUUAAUACUAACAGCUAAGACUUAUAUAAGACCUGGUGAGGAACUUUUAUAUGAUUAUGGUGAUAGAUCAAAGGAAUCAUUGGAACAUCAUCCUUGGUUAGCACUUUGAUGGUACAAAAUAUUAAACUUUAACAUUUUUAAAGUUUUUUUUUACAUAAUUUCAUCAUCUCAUUUACUUGUAUUUAUUUAUUUAUUUGAAUAUUUCUCUUUUUUAUCUGAAACUUGGAAUUAAUUGUAUCAAAGUGAUAGAUAUUGCUAAAUUUGUAUAAAUUGAAGAUUUCUGUGGUUUUUUUCAUUUCAUAUUAUUUCAUAUUAUUCUUUGUAAUACUUUGUGCUAAGUUUGAGUCCCUUUUUGUUUUAUAUUUACCUGUUCAUAGGGUAGUUUGUAAUUUUUCUGAAAUUGGUUUAUAUUUUUCCGAAAUAUUGAUAUUUUAAUGAAAAACAAACAUAAUUUGAUUCUAUUGUAAUAAUUGAGUAUAUUUUGUCUUCAAAGGUCAAGUCUAUUUCAGGAACAAAGUGUUAUUUUGUUUACAGUCUUAUUUUCCUCAACUUAUGCAUGUUAUCAUUGUGAAAUAGUACAUAUAUCUCAAAGUUUGUUUGAAUCCGUUGUGUUUCAUUGAAUUAUAUACUUUGUAGGUUGUUUCUAGUGUGAAGGUUUGGUAGCAAAUACAUCCACAUACUGGGUUGAUUGUUAUAAUUGUUGAAAAUCAAUAUGACAAUAAAAUAUUUCAUUGAUUUUAGCUAUACUCUUAAAUUAGGUUAAUUUUUUGAAGAGAGUAUAUUUAUUUGUUAUUACAGAUGCAUAAUUAUUUUUUUAUAUACGAACAUUUCAAAAAAGUUAACAGUUGAUUUGUUUUUAAAUCACAAUUGGUUUACCUUGAGAAAAUUGUGUUUUAUGCACUCAACAAUGGAAAUUUUAACAUUAUGUACUUAUUUGAUUUUUCUACCAGAUGAAUAAUUAUCAUUUUGUCUACGAACCUUUAAAAACAGUCAAUAGUCGAUUUGUUUUGAAACAGUUAAAUGGUUUUUUGUUACAUCUGGGUGUCUAACCCCAAGGUUUGGACACUUUUGGAUAUACCCUGUAAUAUGGUGACGUAUUUGCAACAUUGAUUAUAUAAACAUAAAACUUUUCAUCAGAUUCCAUCGAUUUUCAUGUAUAGAAAAGUAUUUUAUUGUAAUUCCAUUAGCAGUUGGAAUUUCUAAAUUCCAGUAAAGUUAUCAGCAUUUUCAAGCUCGUUCUAAGAUACAUUUUAAAAAACAAAUUUGAUUUUUUCAAGAUGUUUUAAUUUUUCACCAUAAUUGUCUUGCAAAAUUUUCUUUUUUUGUAGAAAUUUUUUGUUAACUUCCUAUUAUUCUACUAUUUCACAUACAUCAGGACUGUAUCAACCCUAUAAAAGUGUAAAUUCCAACAAACAACUCUUAAAUUCUGAAAUCAUUUUUUUUGAUAAGAUUUUUAUAGUUAUACUCAUUUCAAAUCAUCAAAAAAAAUUGGUAAAACGAUUUUUUCAAUAAAAUCCAGUAUUGUAUAUAUAGAGGAAAUAUACAUACAUACAAAUAUAAUGUAAAUUUAAUUGUUUACAUACAAAUUUCAGUUUUUUAUAAUUAAUUAUGAAGCUUUUUUGUGUAUCAUCCUUAUUCAAUUAAAAUAAAACUUUUUAUGAA